AUAUUGUUGUUUUUGGUUUGAAGGUGCGCGGAUGCGGAUGUGUGUCGGUCAAUGUUUAAUAUCUUUUGCGCAAAAUUAAGUUAAACAAAUUAAUAAUAAUCAUUAGUUUUAGACCGAUUUAAAGUGGACCGCACACAGUAAACAAUAAAUAACAAACAAUUGUGAAAACGCGAGCGGGAUAGAUUGAGAGUUAAGAAUUGUCGGCGACGCAUUCGAAUUAUUUUUGUUAAUUUGUUCAAAUUGAAAUUCAAGUGCAACAAUAUUGGAUAAAUAAUUGAAAUAAUUAAGAAAAAUGCCAAUGUCUUUAAAUAAACGAAAAUCCAAUCGUAAAUAUGGCCUGUUAUAAAUGUGAAAGUGCAACUACAACAACAACAAUUGCACGCAUAUGAGCAGGCUGGUCGAAGCAGCAGGGGCAAGAAAAAGGAGUGCGAGUGCGAGAGUGUGUGUACAAAAAAACGAAGAAGAAAAAUCAAUUCAAUUGAAAUUGUAACGAAAAAAAAAUUAGGCAAAGAAAAUUUGCAGCGAAAUUUAAGUGAAAGAUAUACAUAUAUACGUGAAUACGGGAGGCAGGCGGCGGCGGCAGCAAGAGAAAACACACACGCCCCCACCCUCUUGGCCCAGCACCCCAAAACAGCGCUAGCCAAGUGUAAUAAAGAGGAAAGAAGAAAAUGAGUUCAAGUUGUGAAAGAAUAGAAUGGGUAGAAAUUAUCGAACCACGCACCAAGGAGCAUAUGUAUGCCAAUUUAACAACUGGCGAAUGCGUUUGGGAUCCACCAGAAGAUGUACCAAUUAAGCGGACCGAUUCGUCACAAUGGUGGGAAUUAUUUGAUACAAACACGCAACGUUUCUACUAUUACAAUGCGGCCACACAGAAGACCGUGUGGCAUCGGCCGAGCAAGUGCGAUAUUAUUCCACUGGCCAAAUUGCAGACCCUCAAACAGAACACCGAUCCCAGCGAGCGUAGAGAGCAGCAGCAGACAACGCCCCAAAAGCAAAAGCAGCAAUUGCAGCAGACAACGCAGUCUCAAUCCCAAAAUCAAAACCAAUCCCAGCAGCCUUCACCUAUAUCUGGUGCGAAUAAGAAAGGACGUGGUCAGCGUAUUAGCGGAGGAAAUGGUGCCAUGGCCAGUUCGGAGGAAAAAUUGGCCAGCAGUGAAAUGAUUUCUAGUCCGCGAGGUCGUCAAAGUUUUCGCGUUGGCACGGGUGACUCAUCCCGUUCCAUGGACUUGCAGCAGCAGCAGCAACAGCAACAACAGGGCUAUGCUUCUCGUCGCUCGCAAGAUUCCUGCAAUCAUUACAAGGAGUCGGGCAAAUCCAGCGAUUCAAGCCUAUCCAGUGCGCAUGGCUAUCGACGAUUCAAUGAUGCGGGCAAUGGUGGUAUAGGUGGAACUGGUGCAGGAGCAGGAGCGGAUGGAAUGCGUCUGGGUUCCUUGCAAAAGCAACAGCAGCAACGUGGUGGCAAGGACAAUGGAGCCUUUGAAAUGUUGCAAGAAAGCGCUAGCUCACAUAGUUUACUACCGCAUGGCUCCUCGUCCACGUCCUCAUCGUACGUUGGUGGUAGUAUUGGUGGUCAUCCCCCACAGCUUUUGCCCAGCCACAUGCAGGGCUAUUGCUCAUCCAAGUCAUCCGAUAUAGCCUCACCAACACAUUCGAUACAUACGCCGCAGGCUCAGAAAAAGAAGAUGUCGCCAGAUGCUGGAGCACCGCCACCAGCGCAAUUUAAUUACGCCCAGCAAAGGAACUCUCAACGCGGAACUGCUGCCGGAGCACCUGGAAAAUCAUCCUAUGCAGGCGGAGAUCGAGAGUAUAAGGUAUCAUUGGCUCGCUCGGGCAGUUUCAUGUCCUCUUCGAUUAAUCCAUCAGCAGCGGGUCAUCAUAGUAAAUCCUAUCGGAAGAGCAGCGCCGAGGCCAAUGGCGGCGGUGGAGCUGCCAGCGAUGAUUCCAUGCAUGAAAAGUAUUUCAAGAGUGUAGAGAGUACGCCCCUAUCGAGACGCCGUCACACCACCAAUGCCACAAAGAGUAGUGGAGGAGGAGGAGCUAGUGGUAGCAAUACAGCCACCAGCACAGCGGGAAGUGGCAGCAGUAGCCAUAAGAAACAUUCGAGCGAUUCGAGUCCCCAAAGCCCCAUAAGUCCACAGACAAAGAGCUCGCGUCAGGCCAAGACGAGUGCCACAAAUGCCAUACAUCAGCAACAGCAUUCACCACGGAUGCCGGAGCCGCAUAGCUUGGAUCUGUUAAGUCUGGAGAGAAUAUCGCUAGGUGGGGCCAAGACUCAGGGACCCAUUUCGCCGAGAGGUGGUGGUGAUCUGGGCAUGAUGACGCAUUCAUCGCGAGGCUCCAAUGAUUCCGCUCGCCAACAUCAGCAGCGACAAAAGUCGAAUAGCUCCACAGCCAAUCGUUAUGGUGGUCAGGGAUCGCUGCGACACAGUGCCAGUUCGAGUCUAGACAAACGUAACUUUUAUCAGGGAGGAGGGGAAAAGCGACGCUCCAAGCAGCAGCAGCAGCAUCAUCAUCUACAGGCGGAUAACAGCGAUGUAGAGUACGAUAAUGGCAACACUUCUCCAUUGUAUAGCAAUUGGGAUCAGGAGAUGCCACAUUUAUUGCCACUCAAGCAUUACAUCAUUGAGCAGGCCAAGCUAUCGGGUCGUUAUGAUUACAGGGGAAGUGGAGAUCCUGGUGACUCGGAUUCCUAUCAUUCGGAUAGCCAAUCGGAGCAUUCGCUCUCAGGCCAUGAACCCGAUAAUGAGGACUCUGACGGGGGUUCUGAUACACAUGGUGGCUAUCUGGAGCACAAUUAUGGCAUGAUUGAGGACUAUGCCAAUAUGGGUGACAGUGUGUCGUAUUAUGCCUAUCAGUAUCCACCAUAUGAUCCAGCUGGCAGAGAGGAUAUAUCCGACAAUGUGGAGGCUGUUCUGGAAGGAAUCGGUGGCAAUAAUGUUAUGGAUUCCUCUAUAGCGGCAGCUGGGCCAAAACCAAAGCCACGCUAUCAGAUCUCAUACUAUGAUACCGUUUCCCAUAGUCCUUCAUCCUCCACGACAGGGCCAUAUCAUAACCAGCAGCUGUACUCGAAUACUCCUCUUCAUUAUACCAGUCAUGGUCAUGGGCAUGGGCAGUAUGUCCAACCGCCAGCUCCUCCACAUCAACAAUUACAUCUCGAUCCAAAUGAUGCAAAGCAGAAGCAAUCGCAGACGCUACCCUCACCUAAUCGACAAAUCUCACGUCUUGUGGCCAAAGAAGAUCAACAGCAUCAGCAGCAUAUGUCGGCGAAUGCCGCUCCAGCUGCCAGUUUGUCGCGGGCUGCCCAUAAGAUGAAUCCCCCUUCGCUUAAGCCCACCAUUCAACAAAUCUUUCCGCCCAGCGAGCGGGCUCCAGCGGCUGCAAGCCAUUUGGCCUGCAUGAAGGAAUGUGAUAUUGAAAAAUUUGCCGCCGACAAUCUGAAUCUCCACUCAAAGGGAAUAUUCCGUAAGAAAGCAUCGGUACAGGAUAUGCUUAGUUGGACAGCGGAUCCGAUAAGCCGGCCCAUGCUGGCUCUCUCCCGCGAUAAGACGGAUAAGAAGACAGCCAUCGAGCUAUUCAAGUUGGUGCAAAUCUAUAUGGGCGAUCGUAAGGCGCGCAUGGGCAUGAGCCUUAAUUCCGUGGCCAUUGACAUUAUCACAGCAUCCUUACCACAGCAGCAAUUACGCGAUGAGCUGUAUGUUCAGUUGUGCCGUCAGACAACGGAGAAUCCCAAGCGAGAGUCACUUAUACGUGGCUGGGAACUGAUGGCCAUUUGUUUGUCCUUUGUACCACCGUCACCCACAUUUCAGCCAACACUGCUUAACUAUGUGAAUCGCCAUCGUGAUCCUUCGUUCGCCACCAGUUUCAUGGAGGUAUGCAAGUGGCCCAUUCAUGUUCAGAUUUCGCAUUAUGCCACUGUCUGUUGUCGGCGUUUGGAUCGCAUUGGCAGCAGUGGACGUAAGUUGGCCAAGAAGCCAACUGAAGAUGAGGUGGAACAGGCCAGGCAACAAAUCUUAAGAAACAGUAUGUUUGGAAAUACGCUUGGUGAGGUCAUGGAUUUGCAAAAGGAUAAGUUUCCAUUUCGAAAACUUCCCUGGAUACAAACCACUCUCUCGGAACAUGUUCUCCUGCUUAAUGGCAAGCAAACGGAGGGCAUAUUUCGUGUCUCUGCCGACGUUGAUGAGGUCAAUUGCAUGAAGAAUCGCUUGGAUCGGUGGGAUGUUCCUGACUAUAAGAAUACCAUGGUUGAUGCCCAUGCUCCGGCUAGCCUGUUGAAACUAUGGUACCGUGAGCUCUAUGAUCCCCUUAUACCUGAUGCCUAUUAUGAGGAUUGUGUGAAUACCGAAGAUCCCGAUAAAGCCAAAGAAAUAGUUAAUAAGUUGCCUGAAAUUAAUCAACUGGUCCUAACGUAUUUAAUACACUUCCUGCAACAAUUCUCAAAUUCAGAGGUAGUUAGCUGCACCAAAAUGGAUUCAUCCAAUCUGGCCAUGGUGUUUGCUCCAAAUUGUUUGAGAUGCACUUCAGAUGAUCCCAAGGUGAUACUGGAGAAUGCACGCAAAGAGAUGUCAUUUAUGCGCACACUCAUCCAGCAUAUGGAUACCACACAUGUGGCCAAUUUGGUCUAAUUUAAACCUAUCCAACGUAACUUAUCCAAUUACCAACCAAAUACCAAAACGAAAAAAGGAAAAAAAAAACAAGAAAAUUAUAAAAACAAAUGAUCUAACCUUAAUCUUACAAUCCUUUUCACUUUGUAUUUAUACAAAGAAGAUAAAACUAAUUUUGCUACUCGAAUUUUUUUCUUACUAAUUGCUACCAAAAUUAUUAUGAACCUAGUUUAUCUAUCUAUUAGUGAGAACAGAAUUUCUGAUUGAAAUACUCAAAAUAACUAUGUAUGUAUAUGCCAGGAUUAAACUUGGGCGUGCUUUGUUCUUAUCCUUA